AUGAGCCCUCCUCGCCGCUCUAGCCUCGGAAUGUUGCUCAGGCGUAGCAAAAGCGGAGAUCUCAAGAAGCAGCAGGCUGCAAAAGAGCAGGAGCUCCAGCGCCAGCGCGAUGCUUCUGUCUCCAAGUCUCCACCACGACUCCCAGUCCUUUACAAUGGAGCACCCGCACCUCAACUAGGAAUCGGUGGAGACUCCCGUCCCGAUUCUCUUGCAAUUGUAUCUGGAAGAGCAGAUCAUUCGAUUGCAACCCCGCGGCCAUCUAUGGAGCCUUCUCGCUCCAUCAUCAGCGUCCCUCCGAUCCCCAAUGGCGGGUUCGACCCCUACGCCGGAACGGGGAGCAUGGCGCACCGGGGCCGAUACAGCUAUGCCAGCAGCGCCAUAAGCACCAUCAACAGUCCCAGAAGGGUUCGAAGAAGAAAGGACCCCACGCCUUUCAAUAUUCUGAUUGUCGGCUCCACCAACUCUGGAAAGACGUCGUUUCUUGAAUUCCUGAAGAGUACACUGGCCCUGCCCGAGAAGAAGCGGUCAAAGAGCACCAUUGAGCAGGAUGAAUACCCCAGAGUUUCCCCGUCGGGCACUUUCAUCCCUCACUACCUCGAGACGGAGAUCGAUAACGAGCGUAUCGGACUGACGCUUUGGGAUUCUGAGGGCCUGGAGAAGAAUGUCGUGGACUUACAGCUUCGCGAAAUGGCGAGCUUUCUUGAGAGCAAGUUCGAGGAUACCUUUAACGAAGAGAUGAAGGUCGUGAGAUCGCCUGGGGUACAGGAUACCCACAUCCAUGCAGUCUUCCUUAUCCUUGACCCAGCACGUCUCGACCGAAACAUUGGAGCAACCAAGGCUGCCGCUGCCGCUAAUCAGAAGAAUGGCGCAAAGAGCUACCCGUCUGCUCGCAUUCUUGGAAGUCUGGAUGAAGACUUGGACCUUCAGGUUCUCCGGAUUCUGCAGGGCAAGACGACGGUGAUCCCAGUUAUUUCGAAGGCUGACACAAUCACGACUAAGCACAUGGACGUGCUCAAGAAGACGGUAUGGGACAGUCUCAAGAAAGCAAAUCUCGACCCCCUCGAAUCCCUUGGUCUGGAUGAGGACGACUUCACUCCGGAUUCUAGCAGAAUUAUCGAAGAGGACGAAGACCCGGAAUCCGAACCCAGCGACGAGGAUAUCAACCCCGAUGAUGGCGAUCUGCCCAUUCAAGGACACGAAUCCUCACCUAGGGCCGAGAGGCUCUCGAGUAGCUCGGUUCGUCGUCAUAAAGUCACAGACGAUGGCUCAAGAGACGACGAGGUGCCUUUUAUUCCCAUGUCGAUAAUCAGCCCUGACAUCUACGAGCCUGGAAUUGUCGGGCGUCAGUUUCCCUGGGGUUUUGCAGAUCCGAAAAAUGAAAAGCAUUGCGACUUCCUCCGCCUGAAGGAUGCCGUCUUCAGUGAAUGGCGCGGCGAGCUCCGCGAGGCCAGCAGAGAGCGGUGGUAUGAGGGCUGGAGGACGAGCAGGCUCAAGCAGCGAGAUGGAUCUAAGGUCCGCCGAUAA